AUGUAUCAAGAGAAGAAAUAUGGAAAGAUUAAUGAUGCUAUCUAUAAUGGAUUACAAGUUAUAAAGAAUGCAAUUGAAGAUAAAUGUAUAGUACUAGGAGCAGGAGUAUUUCAACAUUUGUUGAUAAUUCCUAAAGUUUUAUCACAAAAUAGAGGAUUCAAUGCUCAGGAUACUAUUGUUACUUUACAGGAGGAAUUUGCAACAAAACAUAUUAUAGGAGUUGAUUUAAAUAUAAAAAAUACACUUGAUCCUAUCGUAAAGGGUAUUUGA